GUUGUCCUUGACUCCAAAAUAGGGGGACUUGACAGAAAACGACUCGGGAGAAGCAAGUGCUAUUGUGACAUAGAAUCCUCAGUCUUUUUAUCCGUUUUGGGACUACUUCUCUAUUCUCCGAGCACCUCCAGCCAAACAUCCCUGAAAGCCAAGACCUCAGUGUUACCCUCGUGCAGCGCACUACUCGUCAUGGCAACAUUGGCGCGGUCAUUCUCCUCCGAUAGUACGGAUAUCGCCAUCCUAGUGCCCAAUAAAACCAGCCCUCUCGGAAUAACUUAUCGCGAGUUACACCAUCAUAUUGUGGACUUCCAGACCAAGUUAGCCAAGCUCGGGAUAGGACAUGGCGCCGCUGUGUCACUGGCGCUGACAAACUCGUACGAGUUCAUUGUGGCAUUCUUGGCCGCCUCGUGGCAGCGGGCGAUCGCCGCUCCCUUCAACCCGGCCUAUAAGCAGGAAGAGUUCGAAUUCUACAUCGACGAUCUUAGCUCCACCCUAGUCUUGAUCCCUAAGGGAUCGUAUGCGAAGGAGGGUCCUGCGAUUCGUGCAGGAAGAAAAUACAAUGCCGCCAUCGCCGAAUGCUACUGGAAUGGCAAGGAGAUCGUGCUUGAUGUGAAGGAGCAUGGAAAGCUUUCUGGAAAUGGAGGCGUGGAUGUCCAACAAGCCCAGCCAGACGAUAUUGCUCUCGUCUUGCACACGAGCGGAACGACUGGCAGGCCCAAAGCUGUUCCACUCACACACAAGAACUUGACCACAACAAUGCGCAACAUCAAAGCGACAUACAAGCUCACUUCAGCAGACCGCACCUACCUGGUCAUGCCCCUUUUCCAUGUCCAUGGUCUCCUCGCCGCAUUCCUAGCGCCUCUAUACUCCGGUGGCUCUGUAAUUGUUCCAGCACGAUUCUCUGCUUCGGAGUUCUGGUCCGACUUCAUUACUUAUAAGGCAAACUGGUACUCUGCGGUGCCCACCAUCCACCAGAUCCUCCUCAAGACACCCUUGCCCGAAUCCAUUCCUCCUAUCCGCUUUAUCCGGUCGUGCUCCUCUCCCCUCUCCCCCAAAACCUUCCAGGACCUCGAAAAAGCCCUCAACGCUCCGGUGCUAGAAGCCUACGCAAUGACCGAGGCUGCGCAUCAAAUGACCAGCAAUCCGCUCCCCCCAGCUAAACGUCAGCCAGGUAGCGUGGGUCUGGGUCAGGGCGUAGAAGUGAGGAUCCUCGACGCGGAGGGUAACGAAGUGCCGCAGGGCCAGGAGGCGGAAAUCUGCGUGCGGGGUGAAAACGUCACCAAGGGAUAUCUGAACAACCCUGAGGCCAAUAAGUCAUCCUUCACCAAGAAUGGCUUUUUCCGCACCGGAGACCAGGGCAAGAAGGACGCCGAUGGCUAUGUGAUCAUCACGGGACGGAUCAAGGAGCUGAUCAAUAAGGGCGGCGAGAAGAUCAGCCCGAUCGAGUUAGACAAUACUCUUCUGCACCAUCCCAAGGUGGCGGAGGCGGUUUGCUUUGCUAUUCCUGAUGAGGGUCAUUAUGGCGAGGAGAUUGGUGCUGCGGUGGUCGUGAAGAACGGUGCGAGUGCUACCGAAGCAGAGCUCAAGGCUUGGGUCGAGUCGAAAUUGGCCAAGUUCAAAACCCCGAAGAAGAUUUGGCUUGUUCCCCAAAUCCCCAAGACAGCUACCGGCAAAAUUCAACGGCGCAAGGUGGCAGAGGCGAUGCUGAAGGUUAAGGCCAAGUUGUAGUUUUCUUGAUUUUAUAAGUACUAGAAUAUACUUCUGCUCACGCAAGUCUGAAAGCAAAAUGGGAGUUUUUUUGGUUUAUG